AUGGACGGGGGAGACCCCCGAGGGCCGGGGCCGUGGAGGGAAGCGCCGCCCGGCGGGGUGGGGGGGCCGGCGGGGCCGCACGUGCCGGUGCAGGAAUGCGGCGGGGCCGGCCCGGGGCGGGGCGGGGAGCGGCGGCGCUCGGCCAUGGGGCGCCCGGUGCUGCUCGCCGCUGCCGCCGCGCUGCUGCCGCUGCUGCUGCUGCCGUCCGGGACCGGGGCCACCGUGACCCGCCUGCGGGUCUCCGCCAACUUCGUGAGCGCCGGGGAAGGGAGGUGGCGGGGGAAGGAGUGCCGGGCCACCGCCGACAGGACGCUGAGCCGCCCCCGCUGCCGCCGCCCUCCCCGCCCCGGGCCGCCGCUGGAGCCGCCCGCGCUGUCGCUGAGCCGUGCCCGGCUGUGCCUGCCCGCGCAGCCCUGCCAGCCCUGCCUGCGGGUGCGCCUGGCCCUCCCCGCCUCAGAGCUCGGCGGUGUCCGGGGACUGCACCUCACCUUCCUGGAGCUGGGCUCCAGCCGGGCUGGCUGGCUGCAGGUGUGGCAGCGACGCCGGGUGUCGGGCAGCUCCGCGUGGCAGGUGCAGUUCGACUGCUUCCCGGCAGAGAGCGGGCGGCAAGUCCUCGUCUCCCUUCGCACCAUCCCGGAUCGGGGCUUGGCCCUAAGCUGCAGCCAUGCGGUCACCGCUGAGCCACCCGGGCCUGUCUUUACCCAUGCUUGGCUCCCUGAGCUGCGGGCCAUUGAGGUGCGGGUGCCCGCGGGUCCCCCCCUCAUGGUGCGGCUGUGCCACCAGCUGGCCCUGGAGUGUGAGGAGCUGCCCCGGCCCUUCCACCAGCAGGUGCUGGUGCCCGGAGGCCACCACAUCUCACUGCCAUAUGAGUUCCUGGUGCCCUGCCUGUGCGUUGAGGCCUCCUACUCCCACCACGACAGCCCACGGAGCAAACACUGCCCCUUCCGUGACCGGCCAGAUGCCUAUGGCCCCGAGCUGUGGUCCUCGGUGCACUUCCACGACUUCAGCACCAGCAGCAAGGACCAGAUGGCAAUGCUGCUGAGUGCCAGCUGCCCCCUGCACCCACGGGCCACCCUCUGCUGGAGGGAGGCAGCAGAUGAGGCUGCACCCUGUCACGACAUCCCCAACUCCACAGCCAGUGAGGACGAGCAGGUGUACGUACUGGACAAGGUGGACGUGCACCCCCAGCUCUGCUUCCGAUUCUCCUACAAGAACAGCAGCCAUGUGGAGUGUCCCCACCAGUCAGAGACUGCCUGGAAUGUCUCCGUGAGUGUCUGGGGGCUCCAGCUGCACCUGCACCUCACCUCCCGCAUCCCCGCAGCCUUCAGUGCAGCCCUGUGCCAGCGCCGGGGUGGGCAGUGUGAACCUGAGGCCCCGCUCUACACUGUCACACAGCCAGAGGGCUCUGCUCCGGGGGAGUUGGCGCUGCUGCUGCCAGUGCAGGUCCUGGGCAGCUGCGUGCUGGUGUGGCGCUCGGACGUGCAUUUUGCUCGGAAGCAGCUGCUCUGUCCCGAUGUCUCCCGCAGGCACUUCGGGCUGCUGGGGCUGGUGCUGGCACUGGGGCUGGUGGUGACUGUGCUGCUCCUCAACUGCCGCGGUGCCUGGAGGCCGAAUGAUGGUGUCCCUGGCAGGCGCCCCGUGCUGCUGCUGUACUCGCCCGACUCCGAGGAGCACCUGGGGCUGGUGUGUGCCCUGGCCGAGCGGCUGCGCACGGGGCUGGGCUGUGACGUGCGCCUGGACCUGUGGGAAGCGGGUGGCCUGGGCCAGGCGGGCGCCCUGCCCUGGCUCUACGCCCAGCGGGGCCGCGUGGGCCGCCAGCGCGGCACUGUCCUGCUCCUCUGGAGCCGGGGCAGCGCCCGGCUCUUCCAUCGCUGGCAGGUCGGGAUGGCCGACGGCACGCCCGGGGAUGCCCACGACAUUUUUGGGGCAGCCAUGGCCUGCCUGCACGGGGAGCUGGGCACGGCGGGCCGCGGCGGUGGGUGGGUCCUGGCCUACUUCAGCCGGCUCUGCAGCCCCCGCGAUGUCCCCCGACCCCUUCGGCCCCUGCCCACCUACCGCCUGCCCCGACAGCUGCCCGGGCUGCUGGGGGCGCUGCGGGGCAGCCCCCCGGCCCCUCGGCACUGCCGCUGGGGCAGGGCUGGGGCCCUCCUGCACCGCCUCCCUGGAUGUGCCAGGGAGGGCAGUUCCCCGCCCCGGCCCCCCGGGGCAGCUUCUGGCACCUGAGUGCCCAGGCUGGGCCUGAGCUGGGCAUGGCCGCAGGGGGUGCAGGGCUGGGUGCAGCCCCCCGGUGAGGGCAGGGCUUCUGCCAGGAAAAGGC